UCAUAAAAUUCUUUGCUUUUUAAUUUAUAGGAACUGUUUCGUUUUGUAAUAUUUUUAUAAUAAUAAAUUGAUUCGUAAAAUACAUUUAAAGACUUAACAAUGCCAAAGAAGAAAACGGGCCAGCGGAAGAAAGCAGAAAAGCAAAAACUUCGACAGAAAGAAAUACGAAAUGCUAGGGAACACGUCGACCUAGCUCAACAACCAUGCAAUCAACCGAUGGAGUGUGAUAAAUGCCAGAAGAAGCAAAAGAGCAGAGCAUUCUGCUACUUUUGUUCAUCUCUGCAAAGACUUCCAAUGUGCGCUCAGUGUGGUAAAGUGAAGUGCAUGCUGAAGUCCGGAGACUGUGUGGUCAGACACCCUGGUGUCUACACAACAGGUCUUGGUAUGGUGGGUGCUAUCUGUGACUUCUGUGAGGCGUGGGUGUGUCACGGGCGCAAAUGUCUGAACUCGCACGCCUGCACUUGUCCAUUGGCUGAUGCUGUGUGCAUGGAGUGUGAAAGAGGUGUGUGGGAGCACGGUGGUCGCAUUUUCCGUUGCUCGUUCUGUGCGGGUUUCCUAUGUGAGGAUGACCAGUUCGAGCACCAGGCCUCUUGCCAGGUGUUGGAGUCUGAAACCUACAAGUGUCAAUCGUGCAACCGUCUCGGGCAGCACUCGUGCCUGCGCUGCAAGACCUGCUACUGCGAGGAGCACGUGCGCCGGCGAGGCACGAAGCCCGCGCGCGGCGCCCCGCCCUGCCCGCGCUGCGGGUACGCGCUGCAGCCCGCCUCCGACCUCAGCCUCUCCACUCGCUCCCACCGCUACGGGCGGCAGGCCGCGGCGCAGCACGACGACGCGGACGACGCGGACGGCGGCGACUACGCCGGCGGGUACGGCGACUAUGGCAGCGGCUAUGGACAUUCAGCAGAUUACGCGGCGGACGGCGACGACUACUCCGCUACCUCGUCGGAGGAUGACGACGACGACAACGACGACGACGGCUCCGAGGACGAGGAGGAGGAGGAGGGGGAGACUAGCGGCGGGGAGGGGCGGGCGUCCUCCUCCUAGCCCCAGUACAUGCCCACUUAAAUCGCUUCACUUGCAAUGUAACAUAGUAAAAUUAAAUUUGAUAAAAACUUGA